AGGUACACCAAAGAGGAACUCUGGCACGCCAACGUGGUGAACGUGGUCAAAUGAGAUGUUCCAAAUUCGUCUGUCCGGCAAUUUUCAAAGCACGCUUUUAGAAAAUUGAUUAGAUAAUCAAGAACUCGUGAACUUAAAACGAGAAAGAUCGUGAAAAACUUGACAAUAUUUAUGAGAUAUCUCGUUUUGACGCAUUUUGAGCUAUUCGUACAAAUACAUUUUCUUACGAACCGAAGAUAAAUUUAACACUACAGCGUGACUCGAGUCUGGUGGAGCUUCGGAGGUUGGUGGAGAGAGGUUAGAAAUUAUCAGAAAUUAUUGCCGGUGGUCGCGUGGUGUAUACACGUUCAGGUAGAUGAAAUUUUUUAACUUGCAAAUGGAAUGUCGUUACGAUUAAAUAAGAGCAUCGCUUUGCCAACUUGGGCGAAAGUAGGAAUUGGAUGGUCUGUAGCCACUGUUCUCGGAAUUUAUGCAUUUGUGCUGUCCAAGCAAAGUGUCACUGCCAGGAGAUAUGAGAUUAUGAAAGCUAGACAACGAUUGCGUGACACCAAUGUUGUAGAUUAACUUAUUGUUGAGGAAUAAAAGAUUUCUUAGAAAAGAUAGCGCAACUAGAGUACAAAGUCAAAGGAAUGGCGACGUUACCGCAAUUAGAUGAAACUAAACUGAAGUUGGUGCAGGAUUUAGAAAUAGAAAUGAUGUCAGACAUGUAUAACCGUAUGACAUCUGCUUGUCACAGGAAGUGUAUAGCACCAAAGUACACUGAAGCGGAAUUAGGCAAAGGUGAAUCGAUAUGUCUAGAUCGUUGUACUGCUAAAUAUUUAGACAUUCAUGAACUUAUUGGCAAGAGGCUCACUCAGAUUUCAAUGCAAGAAGCAAAAGUCCCAGAGCAGCCAAAGACAAGUUGAAUCUAUAUUAUUAUUAGUUGAUAAUAUCUGUUAUACAAGUACUUAUAAACUGUUAUACAUAUAAGUUGUCUUCAAUCUUUCUUCAGUUACAACAGUUUACAAAAACUGGUAACCUAAAUUAAAAUGAAUGAUGAACUCUGUAGUAUCAUUUUGUAUUUCAGUUUGUGAAUAAACUGAUCAUUGACAUGUUA